CAUUGACAACGAAACAAGACAGAAAUGGAAACACUGUGCAGACUUUUCUCCACCAUUUCUCUUAUAAUACUUCUAAACACAAAGAUACCUUGCGUACAAGCAACAAUUGAAUCUGAUGAAAAGGUGGGCGAAGUACUUCAAAAUCUAUUCGGCAAAGCAUAUUCAUUUGAUGACAAUGAUGGAUAUCACAUUGACACAACUAGACAGUCUUCUGAGACGCCCCGUAAUUUUGGUAUGGAUACCAAUCUUAAAACACAUUCGAACAAACAUAAUUUGUCGACGUCUCUAUCUCAAAACACAAUAAGAAAAUUAACUAUAGUUCCUUACAACAAAACAAGAGAGCCCCAAACAACAGAGUCAAAUAAUAUGACAAAGAAGAAGAAAGAGUCAGUGAUGAAAGGGCCAAGGGUGAAAAGGAGAAGUAGAAAAUCGAGAGAUGCAAUGCCCACAAAAGUACCAAUAGAGCUUAUAAAGGAUAACCAAAUGGAAACUAUGAUCCGGCGAAUCGGGACUUAUCUCAGAGGAUAUAAGUACUUGGAUAUUGAUCAUCGCUUUCAUUCUGAGGAGAAGAAAAAGAAGCCCAAACCAAAACUUGUUCUGAUUGAGAAAGUGUUCAUGCGGCAUUUCCCAAUUCCAUCUAUGCGCAAACUCCACCCGAUGGUGAAAAGGGCUUGCGAUAAAGGCUUUCAGUAUUGUCUUCAAGAGAUUUAUCAUACAGUGAAAAAAACACCCGUUUUCGAAUACCUUCGCACAGGAGGAUGGGCAUUUAUAAAGAAGUACUUUCUCGAUAUGCUUUUUGAUAGAGAGAAAACAAAAAGGAUUUUAAUGCACACGCCUUUUGAAAGCCAUCUUGCUCAGUUUCAGUACCGACUGACUGCGAGUUAUUAUAUGUGUUGGUUCACGAUGCAGAACCUACCAGAACUGAAAAAGUUUGGCAGUAAAUGUGAUUUAAUCGGAUGGAGAUUCAAGGGAAGGUACAAAACGGAGAUCGUAAAAAGUAAGGAUUAUAGAAUAUACGACAGAGAGCCUUUUGAUUGUGCACUCUUAAGUUUUUGUCCUGACUUUUGUUGUGGGGGAGUUUCAGGUGGCCAACCACCAACAGCAAGACAGUGCAAUAAUCACAAGACAAAUCCUUGCAGCAAACUACCCGAUGAUAAAACAUGCAAACAUGAUUUCACCCAAAAUCACAGCUUCAGAGACCUGAUAAAGAAUAGAGUGAAUAUUACGUGUAACUGUGAAAACUAUCGGAAAGGAUUUGUAUGGAGUAUGCGUUUCCACAUGUGCAUUGACCGUGAUGAGUGCUACGAUAGGAAUUUCACCUGCUCGGAUUCUCACCACAUAUGCCGGAACACGGUUGGCGGUUACGAUUGCGUAUGCAAGCGGGGCUAUCACUGGGACGAAGUAGAGAAGAAAUGCGUACGGAUCCCUGGAAUCCCGACAUACGAUAUCGUUAAUGCCAGCUAUAUGGCACAAUUCACUGAUCCAACACCAACCGAGGAUACCAUCGUAGUUCUUGAAAGGAAGGCGGAGGAUGCUUUGCAAAAAAUUGCAUCAUUUCUAGGAUUGCCAUCUAAUGCCUUCAGUAAAGGAAAUUCAAUUGGGGAUUGUAAUUAUUUUACAAUUAUAAGCUGCCUCGUCAUUGUCAAUUAUGUUAUUUGGAAAAAGAAUCUUCAAGGAGUUUGGAGCGUUUAGUUUAAAGUAGCCUAUAAGACAAGACAUCAUAAUUUAAUCUUUAAAUUGCAAUGUUUAAACCCGAGCCUGAAUUUCAAGGCAAGAAACUGCUAAUUUAACUUAAAGCCAGUCUUUCGAUUCUUGAUUAAUUUGUUAAUUACAAUGCUUUGUCUUUAAAUAAUCAUAUAACAUGACGUCAAGGAUGCCUAUAACCACAUUGCAGAUUUAUCUGAUGCAAAUGGCCUUUUAUUCCAAAUAAGCUUGGUCAAUAGAUGUGAUAUUUAGUCAUACACCAUACUAGGAGGGAUUUGAUUAUUGGUAUGGGUAAUAUCAAAAAGAUGAUAUCAAUAUUUCCCGAGGGUACGCAGUGACGAAGGAAAAUAUGAUACAUCCGAGAGAUAUUCCUCAUAUCCCCCAAACAUGUGCAUGACGGAUGUACUUGAAGACAUAUCAAAAUUGUAAAUGAAUAAGUUUCAGAAAAUACUUACAAGGAUAAAAUAAACUCUACAUGUUACUGAUUGGGUAUUCGUAAAGACUUAGAUGUGAACUCUGUCAUGACCUAAAGACUGUAUGUAGUUUUGUGAACCUCUUUUGAAAUCUUAUUUAGAUUUCUUUGUGCCAGAUAAUUGAAAUAAAUACAACACCACUCAACCAAAAAUAGUUCCAGUGCCCGGGUUCCAGUUAUAUUAUUAUCACAUGGAGUUGAUGCUACCGAAUUAUGAAUGUUGACCAAUAUAUUACAUUUGUCAUAUAUUUGGUACUUCAUUUCAAAUUUCUGUCACUUUUGUUUUUUAUUGACUGCUCCCAACGAUAUGAUGAAGGGAUAUAGUACACAUGUAUAUUAGAAAAAAUAUUGCUCAUCUUUUCUUAAUGAUGAAUUUUUGACAAAAAAACAAAGUUUUUUUGUUUGUGGUUAAUAUGAACUCAGUCAAUUUGCACAUACAGUGUAUCAAUUGCACUGAUGUUUUCCAACCUGUAUGUCGCUCCCCAAAGGGUGAAGUAAGAUAUGUGUUGAAAUCAAAUACUUUUUCUAAUGCAUUUCAUUUUUCUGACAUAAUAAAUGAAUCAUUGGUGUUUAUCAAAACUGUAAUAAGUACAAAAUAAACUAUGUUUACCAAGCUUACUU